AUGACAGAAGCGCGCAGAACGUCAUACUCUAACCACCCGCAUCAGAAAGCACUCAAACCUUUUAAUGCGGAAGAGAUAAAAGUGUUGUUACUGGAAAAUAUUAACCAGAGUGCAAUUGACAUUCUCACUAAGCAAGGCUAUCAGGUCGAACAUUACAAAGAAGCUCUUCCCGAGUCAGUCUUAAUUGAAAAGAUCAGAGAUGUCCAAGCCAUAGGAAUUCGUUCGAAAACCAAACUGACAUCGCGCGUUCUCUCCGAAGCCAAAAAACUUCUUGCGAUCGGAUGCUUCUGUAUAGGAACCAACCAGGUGGAUCUCGAGACAGCGGCACAUCGCGGGAUUGUCGUCUUUAAUUCACCAUUCAGCAAUAGUAGAAGCGUGGCAGAAUUGAUUAUUGCGGAAAUUGUGACGCUAAGCAGGAAGUUGGGUGACAGAAACAUGGAAAUGCAUAAAGGAAUUUGGAACAAGGUGUCUAGUAAUUGCCGCGAAAUUAGAGGCAAGACUUUGGGUAUUAUCGGUUAUGGUCAUAUCGGAAGUCAGUUAUCCGUUCUAGCCGAAGCAAUGGGAAUGAAAGUUUGCUUCCAUGAUGUACUUUCACUUAUGCCCCUUGGGACAGCCCAACAAGUUGGCUCCCUUCACGAACUUCUCGCUUCGGCCGACUUUGUCACCAUCCAUGUUCCCGAAACACCAGAAACAAAGAACAUGAUGGGUAAUAAAGAGUUUGAGUGCAUGCAAAAAGGGAGUUAUUUCAUUAACGCCUCUCGGGGAAGCGUUGUGCAAAUACCAGCACUGGUUAAAGCAUUGAAACAGGGACGGUUGGCAGGAGCAGCUUUGGACGUGUAUCCGAAGGAACCGGCAAAAAAUGGGGAGACGUUUACUAGUGAGCUGGGAGAUUGGGUUGACGAAUUACGCGAAUGCGAGAACGUUUUGAUGACUCCGCAUAUUGGUGGUUCAACGGAAGAAGCGCAGAAAAUGAUUGGCGUAGAAGUAGGCAGCGCAAUUGUUCGAUAUAUAAACUAUGGCACGUCUAUUGGUGCAGUGAACUUCCCAGAAGUUGAUCUCCGUGCUAUCGAAGCGACACAAAAAAUUGCUCGGUUAUUGUUUGUUCAUCAAAAUGUUCCUGGUGUACUUAAG